AUGGCUGAUCGAGAAGUCUCUGGAAGCAAGCUAUGGGCUCAUGGUCUUGUCGUCUGGGUGUUGUAUAAGGAAACAAACUUGGUUCGAUCAGCCGCAGAUCGCCGUAAACCUUCAGACUCGUCCCCAUCCGUACAACCACGUGAUCGCUAUGACACGCGGAACGAGGCUACAUCUCCCGCUUAUGCACGGCGGGAAGCGGAGAUCACGCCGAUGGGGCAUGCCCGGGGUCCAUUACCAUGGUCCAGUCGAAGCCUCGUGAUCGAUUUGAGAUGGGGCCUGUUAAACCUAUUGUACCGGCACUCGUGGGGAAAUGAUUUGAUGUGCCAAGAGGGUGACGGUCGAUCGGUCAUACAAUAUGGUAAUAAUCUCUGGUCUGGCAACGUCGGCUCUCUGAUGAUCCUGAUUUCUCGGCAAGGCAAUGGCAGCUGUCUGAGAAACCCGAGAAAGACCAUUCUAAUCGGCGGCCCGGUGCCGGGUAGUUGGAAACCUUCCACCAUUUGCGGCUCCCUCAGCUUCACUUGCCACUAUGCCGAUCUGGUUGUUGGCAGCGCUCAUCUUCCAGCACCAGACAAGGGUCCUUGCUCCGUGGCACCAUCAGGGCCAACUUCAAAAGGUCUCAAGGGUUCUGCGCCCACAAUGUAG